AUGCCUCUAGACACGAUAUACCUCACUCGCCAUGGUCACCGCCUCAACUGGACAAUCGACUUCCGCACCGGCGAAUACAAAUCCCAAUUUCCCACGCCGACAGGGAACCCAGCCGACCCGGCACUAACCUCCCAUGGCGUGAGACAGUCGCAUGAGCUGGCUGCACAUAUUACCGCACCGGAGUUCCAUCCCAAGCCGUUUAGGGUAUAUUCGAGUCCGUUUUAUCGGUGUUUGGCGACGAUUCAACCGUCUGUUGAGGGUUUGAUGCGAAUUGCUGCUGAGCAGGGGCAUAAUGGAUCUAAAAGGAAUGGGAAAUGGGGGAUAGAGGAGGGUGCUGUGUUGGAUGUGAGGCUUGAGAAUGGACUUGGCGAAUGGUUCGGCCCAACAACAUUCUUCACGCACCCCUCCCAUCCAACUCCUUCAGAGAUGCACCUGCACUUCCCAAGCCUGGUCCAACCCCCAGAAAAAGAAACCUACACACCGCUCCUCCACCCCUCCACGCGCGGCGAAACAAUAAUCCAACUACAUAACCGCCUUGCCACAGCACUGGAGGGAAUAAUCGCCGACGUGGACGCCGAAAUCACUGCGGUAGAAGCGGAUCUCCCACCGGAGAAACGUACCAGCAAGUCGCUUUUGAUCUGCUCGCAUGCAGCGCCGCUUAUUGCUAUGGGACGGGCUCUGACGGGAUGCAUGCCGGAGGAUAGUUCUGUGGAGGAUUUUGCGGUUUUUACGGCGGGGUUAAGUACUUUUCGCCGGAGGGGUGUGGGUAUAGAUAUUGAUAGUGGGCAUGGUCAACGAGGUAAAGAGGACGAGGGGGAUCUUGCUGGGGGGACGAAGAUCCUGCGUGGAUCAACUCGUGUACCGGACUGGAUGAAUGGGCGCGGUGUUGGUGGUGGGUGGGACUGUGUCUCGAAUGGGGACUGUAGUUUUUUGAGCGGUGGUGCUGAGCGUGGAUGGCAUUUCAACGGCGAGGAAGGCUUCGAUACAGGACCUAUGGCUCCGCCAUCUGAUACAUCUUCCGUCUUGUCGUCUACCCUUGAGAGCAGUAGAUCUGGGGCCAAGCUAUAG